AUGCGAUCAAGUUCAUAUGGAACUGGAAGCGGAUCUAAAUCAUCUAAAUCAUUUAAAUCUAAAACUUCAACUCAAGACGAAAAUACAAUCAGUACUAAUAUUAAUAAUAAUAACGAACGAUUGAUUAAAAGUUUCAAGGACUAUCAGUUGAUAUUGGAUUCGCUGAGAGAUGAUUUCAAUAAAAAGUGGAAAGUAACAAAAGUUAAACAAGAUGCGACGUUAAAUGACUUUGAUGUUUUGCGAACGUUGGGUAUGGGUGCAUUUGGAAGAGUUAAAUUAAUAAAAAAUAAACAAACUUCGGUGUACUAUGCCAUGAAAAUACUUGAUAAACGUAAAAUUGUUAAGACUAAACAAGUUGAACACACGCGUAAUGAAAAAAGGGUAUUGCAGUCAAUAAAUUAUCCUUUUGUCGUGACAUUAAAAUAUUUUUUUAAAGAUAAUUCAUAUUUAUACAUGGUACUGCCGUUUAUUAACGGCGGAGAAUUAUUUUCUUAUUUACGACGCAAAGGUAAAUUUACUGAAAAAUUAUCAAAAUUUUAUGCUGCACAAGUUUUAUUGACAUUGGAAUAUUUACAUUACUGCGGAUUAGUUUAUCGUGAUUUGAAACCUGAAAAUAUAUUGAUAAGUUCCGAUGGUUAUUUGAAAAUAACAGACUUUGGUUUUUGUAAACUCAUUCAAGCAAGGACAUGGACGCUGUGUGGCACACCGGAAUAUAUUGCGCCGGAAAUAAUACUGUCAAAAGGAUACGGUAAAUCUGUCGAUUGGUGGAGCUUCGGAGUAUUAAUUUAUGAAAUGACUGCUGGUUACGCGCCAUUUUAUUCAAAAGACCCAAUGAAAAUUUAUGAAAAAAUAGUAAGCGGAAAAUUUAAAUUUCCCGCCCACUUCAGCGAUGAUUUGAAAGAUAUUAUUAAUAAUUUACUGCAAGUUGACUUGACUAGAAGGUACGGGAACCUAAAAGACGGCGUAUUGGAUAUUAAAAAUCAUGUGUGGUUUCGUGCUACUGACUGGGAUAACAUUUAUAAUAAAAAAUUAAAAGCUUCUUAUAUUCCGGUUUGUAAGAAUGAAGGUGACGCUAGUAAUUUUGAUUUUUACAACGAAAAUUCAAUGGUCAUUGAAUCUAAAGAUUUGUUUGCCAAAGAAUUCGCUGAUUUUUAA